AAACGCUCAAAGCAAAACUCAACUUGCGAUGAACCAAAAGUGAGCUCCGACGAUCAUUCUCACGGUGAAACCAGCAGUACUGAUCAACCAUCUCCUUUAAACCCUGAAAAUCAACGAAUCCUUGAAAGCUGCCCAUUGUCUCCACAACUAGUUUCUGGUGAAUUUUCGACUUCAACCACAGAUUCUGCCGGAGAAAACGGCAGAGAGUUAGGCGGAGAUGAUGAUGUUUCUCCGGGGAAAUAUUUGCAGAACCGGUCGGAGAUUUUUGGACAGAACCAUUUUUGGAAGACGAUUACAACAGCAUGA